AAGCGCGGCUGUUGGGCGGCCGGGCCCGCGGCCAAGAUGGCGGCGUCGGCGUCGCUCGGGGCGGGGCCGCGGCGCUGGCGGGAAAGCGGCUGGCGGGCGAUCGGCAAAGGCGGCGGCAGCAGCGGCGGCGGAGCUCCUCGGCUAGCCGGGCACCAUGCACGUCGUUAAGCGAGAUGGCCGCCACGAGCGGGUCAUGUUCGACAAGAUCACCUCCCGCAUCCAGAAACUCUGCUACGGCCUCAACGUGGAUUUUGUGGACCCCGCUCAAAUCACCAUGAAGGUGAUCCAGGGCCUCUACAGCGGGGUGACCACGGUCGAACUGGACACGCUGGCGGCCGAGACAGCGGCCACUCUCACCACCAAGUACCCUGACUACGCCAUCCUGGCUGCACGGAUUGCUGUCUCCAAUCUGCACAAAGAAACGAAGAAAGUCUUCAGCGAUGUGAUGGAAGACCUCUACAACUACGUGAACCCACACAACGGCAAGCAUUCUCCCAUGAUCUCCAAAGAAACCCUGGACAUUGUACAAGCCAACAAAGAUCGACUGAACUCGGCAAUAAUCUACGAUCGGGAUUUUUCCUACAACUACUUUGGCUUUAAGACUCUGGAGCGCUCCUAUCUUCUGAAAAUCAAUUCUAAAGUGGCCGAGCGCCCCCAGCACAUGCUGAUGAGGGUCGCGGUGGGCAUCCACAAGGGCGACAUCGAGGCCGCCAUAGAGACCUACAACCUCCUGUCCGAGAAGUGGUUCACCCACGCCUCCCCCACCCUCUUCAACGCCGGCACCAACCGCCCUCAGCUCUCCAGCUGCUUUCUCCUCUGCAUGAAGGAUGACAGCAUUGAGGGCAUCUACGACACGCUGAAGCACUGCGCCCUCAUCUCCAAGUCUGCGGGGGGAAUCGGGGUGGCCGUGAGCUGCAUCCGGGCCACCGGCAGCUACAUCGCCGGGACCAACGGCAACUCCAAUGGGCUGGUCCCCAUGUUGAGGGUCUACAACAACACGGCUCGCUACGUGGACCAAGGGGGGAAUAAGAGACCCGGGGCCUUUGCCAUCUACCUGGAGCCCUGGCACUUGGACAUCUUUGAGUUCCUCGACCUGAAGAAGAACACCGGGAAGGAAGAGCAGAGGGCCCGGGACCUCUUCUACGCGCUCUGGAUCCCGGACCUCUUCAUGAAGCGGGUGGAGAGCAACCAGGACUGGUCCCUGAUGUGUCCGAACGAAUGUCCGGGUCUCGAUGAGGUCUGGGGAGAAGAGUUUGAGCGCCUCUACGAAAGCUACGAGAAGCAGGGCCGGGUGCGCAAAGUGGUGAAGGCCCAGCAGCUGUGGUACGCCGUGAUUGAGUCUCAGACGGAGACGGGGACGCCCUACAUGCUCUACAAGGACUCCUGCAACCGGAAGAGCAACCAGCAGAACCUGGGCACCAUCAAGUGCAGCAACCUCUGCACCGAGAUCGUGGAGUACUCCAGCCAGGACGAGGUGGCCGUCUGCAACCUGGCCUCCAUAGCCCUGAACAUGUACGUGACGCCGGAGCACACCUACGACUUCCAGAAGCUGGCCGAGGUCACCAAGGUCAUCGUCCGGAACCUGAACAAGAUCAUCGACAUCAACCAUUACCCGGUGGUGGAGGCCGAGACCUCCAACCGGCGCCAUCGCCCCAUCGGCAUCGGGGUGCAGGGCCUGGCCGACGCCUUCAUCCUCAUGCGCUUCCCUUUCGAGAGCCCCCAGGCCCAGCGGCUCAACCAGCAGAUCUUCGAGACCAUCUACUACUGGGCGCUGGAGGCCAGCUGCGAGCUGGCCAGGGAGCAGGGGCCCUACCAGACCUACCAGGGCAGCCCUGUCAGCAGAGGGGUCCUGCAGUACGACAUGUGGAACGUGACCCCCACCGACCUCUGGGACUGGGGCGCCCUGAAGGCAAAAAUCGCUCAGCACGGGGUCAGGAACAGCCUCCUGGUGGCCCCCAUGCCCACGGCCUCCACGGCACAGAUUCUGGGGAACAACGAAUCGGUGGAGCCCUACACCAGCAACAUCUACACCCGCCGGGUGCUCUCGGGGGAGUUCCAGAUAGUGAACCCCCACUUGCUGAAGGACCUGACUGAGCGGGGCCUGUGGAACGAGGAGAUGAAGAACCAGAUCAUUGCCUUCAGCGGCUCCAUCCAGAACAUCCCGGAGAUUCCCGAGGACCUGAAGCAGCUCUACAAGACGGUGUGGGAGAUCUCCCAGAAGACCGUCCUGAAGAUGGCCGCUGACCGGGGGGCCUUCAUCGACCAGAGCCAGUCUCUGAACAUCCAUAUUGCGGAGCCCAACUACGGGAAGCUGACCAGCAUGCACUUCUACGGCUGGAAGCAGGGCCUGAAGACGGGGAUGUACUACCUGCGGACGAAGCCGGCGGCCAACCCCAUCCAGUUCACGCUCAACAAGGAGAAGCUGAAGGAGAAGAGCUCCAGGGAGGAGGAGGAGAAGGAGAGGAACACGGCGGCCAUGGUGUGCUCCCUGGAAAACCGGGACGAGUGCCUGAUGUGCGGCUCCUAAGGAGCCCCCGGCCCCCUCGGCGUCCUUCCGCCUCCCCCAGCUAGGCUAGGUAGCUCUCGGUCCCUGUGCAGCGCAGCCAGGCCCUGGGGCUGCGCUUGCAGGUCACUGGGCGACCGUCCUGCGCUUACUUGUCUUCCCUUGAAUGCAGCCAAGCCAGGAUUCGGGGAUUAGGGGGUGGGGAAAGCAGACAGAAACGGGGGUCCGGCGGCUGUAGCCAGAAUCUGUAAGUGCCCUUGAACAGCCGUGGGAGAGUCUUCUCCUGAGUGACCCCCAGGGAGACGGCCUGAGCUUUGACGGACACCUCUUGUGCCUGACCUUCCUUUCCGGAGCCCCUUCCGAUGUUCUGCUGCCCCUUCAGUCUGCCCUUUCCCGUGUCUCUCUGGUCCCUCUUUGGGAAGAGGAUUCGUAGAACAACUUCCCCCUCUCUCACUCGUCACAAACCCUCGAAAAACUUUGUUAAGACCCCGACGGUUGCCCAGGACUGCCCGGCCGGGUUGUUUGGGCUGAACCCAAGGAUGUUCCUUGACUCCACUGGGUAGUUUUCGAACAAAGUUUCAACUAUUUAUUGUCUUCGGCUACUCCUGCCUGUAGACCUGAACCCUUGAGGCCUGUCUAACACGUCAAUAAAGACGGAGGAUACAGUUGGACGAUUAAA